UUCAAUCGAAAAGAAACUUCCGUGGCGAAUUGUUUGUUGUUCUUCGAAGAAUACAACUCGUCGUCGUCUCCGUUUGCAUCGCGCAUCUUCUUUUUAUUUUCUAUCUCUCACUUUUCAUGUAGUAAAAAAAAUAAAUAAAAAAGAAUUCCUAUAAAAUAAAAAAAAUAAUUUUCCCGCUUUGAAAUUUCCAAUCGUAUUUUGUUUGUGAAAAAAGGCUUCGUUUUAAAAAAGAAUAUAAUAAACAAUAUUCUCAUAAGAAGAAAAACAAGACAAUUUUUCAUCAUUGAGUGGUUUUUUCCAGUUUUCUUUUUGUUCUUGUACUUGUACCUAUCUCGUCCGCCGCUCUGCUGUCACAGUCUCACACAGCUCAGUGCAGCAGUCCGUUUAUUGUGUUUCGUUAGAGUGGUUAAGUGAGUGAGUGGAGUUGUUGUUUAGAUUAAUAAAAAAAGCUAUCUAAAAUUUUAUACCCAAAUUUACAUAAAAUCAAUCUUAAAUAUUUAACAAAAGAAAAAACAAACAAACAAAAGCAAAGGAACCCAACUUCGUCUCAUAAUGGUGCAGAAAUUUCAAUCCCCCGUCCGGGUGUACAAACACCCCUUUGAGCUGGUUAUGAAGGCUUACGAAAAACGUUUCCCAACAUGUCCACAAAUGCCAGUCGUUUUAGACUGCCAACUUGUAAAGGAUGAAGUUUUCGACGACGGCGCCCGCCGCACUUCUAGUCGUCGUUGUAAAUUGGCCGUCGAUGCACCAUACAUUUUUAAAAAACUCAUUGGAGUCGAAGUUGUUUAUUUUUUGCAAACCAAUUUUCUUGACAUGGCCAAUAGGACCUUGAGCAUUGAAGCGGUCAAUGAAAGUUUCUCAUCUCGCAUUGAAAUCUUCGAACGGUGUCGCUACUAUGCACAUCCCGAAAAUCCAGAUUGGACUUGUUUCGAUCAAACUGCUACUUUGGAUAUUAAGAAUUUCUUUGGAUUUGAAAACUCAAUGGAAAAAAUGGGAAUGAAGCAAUACACACAAACAACAUUGAAGGGCAAAGAAAUUAUUGAGUAUUUCAUUGAGGAAUUGAAAAAUGAAGGUAUAACACAUGUUGAACGUUGGCAACCACCUCUCGAUGCGCCAGCUUCCCCAGUGUCCAAAGAACCAACUUCACCGGCUAAUCACGAAAUUAUGUUAGAUGGAGAUUUCAUUGCGAAAUAUUUGGGUCAAUUGUCGCCAAUGCAAGAAUCCAAGCUACUGGAGUUGAGGAAAUUAGUUGUAGACAUCGAAGGUAUCGAAAAGAUCCCAAGCUAUCAGACUUUACUACGAUUUCUGAGUGCACGUGAUUUUCAUGUUGAAAAAGCACUCAGUUCUCUUAAGGAAUCACUUAAAUGGCGUGCUGACAAUAAUAUUGACAAUUUAUCCAAGGACUAUAAGGUUCCAUCGGUAGUUGUGAAUCAUUUUCCUGGAGGCUGGCACCAUCGGGACAAGAAUGGUCGACCAAUCUAUAUUCUUCGUCUCGGUCAUAUGGAUGUCAAAGGUCUUCUAAAGUCCAUUGGAGCUGAGGGACUCUUAAAGUUGUCAAUCCAUAUCUGCGAACAAGGAAUCAAAAAGAUAAACGAUUCAGCCAAGAAAUUGGGAAAACCAGUUCUAAGCUGGUGUCUUUUGGUCGACCUGGAGGGAUUAUCAAUGCGUCACCUCUGGCAGCCGGGAGUGAAAGCUCUGCUUAAAAUUAUCGAAACAGUCGAACAGCACUAUCCCGAGACUAUGGGAAGAGUGUUGGUUGUACGUGCCCCACGUGUCUUUCCAAUUGCAUGGACAAUCGUUAGUGCAUUUAUUGAUGAAAACACUCGUUCAAAAUUCCUUUUCUAUGGCGGACCCGAUUGUAUUCAUAUGAAAGAUGGCUUAGAACAAUACAUUGAUUCGGAUAUUAUACCAGAUUUCUUGGGUGGACCUUGUAAGUCGUACAAAACGCCAUCGAAUUCGGAUAAAGUUGAUCAGAAGUAUUUCAAGCUAUGCUAUUUAGCUGGUUGUGAUUGUACACUCAUCCAUGAAGGUGGAUUAAUUCCGAAAACCCUUUACAAAAUGAAUAGCGAAGAAGAAGAAACUCAAGUCGAUGGAACUCUACACCAUGAACAUCAGAAUCUCUACAAAACCGUCGAACUCAAAGCUGGUUAUAUUCAUGAAGUUGUUAUUAAAAACAAAGACCCAAAAAGUGUUUUGACAUGGGAUUUCGAUGUGAUGCGCAGUGAUUUGCAUUUUACUCUCUAUAGAACAACGAAAGAAUUACCUAGGAAAAAUGACACUUCAUCGUCAUUUUUCGAUAUUUCUGGUUUUGUCGAAGGUGAAAAUUAUUUUAGAGAUGAACCAACCACAGUCUGUCACCAUAAAGAAAGUGUUCAGGGCUCUCAUGUACUAACUCAUACCGACACAUACAUUCUGCAUUGGUUUAGUCCGACAACUGGUGCCGAUGGUCCUGCACAACUGAAUUAUUUCUAUGAAAUUCUUAGUUCAGCCAAUUACAAAGGAUCAAUGACAAGCCUUCAAUCUGGAUUCUCUUCAUCAAGUGCAGCAAGUUCCUGUCAGUCUCGAUGAUAUGAAGAAGACGAAUGCCAUGCUUUGACACCGACAAUGCCGCCGCAUUCAAAUAAUUAUUGGCUUAGUUAAGAAAGAAAUUCAAUUCAGUAGUUUUUUUAUUAUUAUUAUUUUUAUAUAAUAUCUAUUAUGUAGUUUAAAUAAGAAAAAAAAAAACAAAUAUUUUUCUUCCCCUUUCUGUGUUAUAAAAUUAUUUAAAUUUGUUUAAUAUUUUUUUUUCGGCAAAAAUCAUUUAUAAUAUUUACUUUGUUUAUUGAGUAAAAAAAAAAGAAAAUUUAUUUAUACAUCAAGAAAGAUAAAAUAUUUCUAUAUAUGAUUAAAUUAAUUGACUUUAGGCAAAUAUUUAAAUAAAGAUUUAUUUAUAUUCAAAAUUAAAACAAAUAACUAUACAAUAAAGAAAGAGUUUAUAUAUGAGAUGAAAAACAAAAGGAAUUGUAAAAGUUAUAGGAUACUAAAAAUAAAUAAAUUUAAAUUCUUCAGAGAAAAUAUAUAUAAAUAAAUAUCUAUUUAUUUUUAAAAGAAAAUAUUGAGAAAUUUAACAAUAAAUAAAUAAAUAUUAUAUAUGUACAUCUCAAAUUGUAAAAAAAAAAAAACAAAAAUUGUUAACGAGAGAAGAAAUAUUUGAAAAGAAAAAAGGCAGAAAAUCAUUUAUAACUAACUGAAAACUGAUAUAAAAUUUAAGUAGAAAAAUGUUAUUAAAUUAAAAAAUAGGUUUAAUAUUAUCUUUAAUAAAUUAAACACAGAAAAAAAUAUAUAUUAGUAUUUUAUAAUUUAAUUGUAUUUGUUCAUAAUUUUGUAAUUUGUUUACUUUUUAAAUUCUUUUAUUUUUUCUUCUAUUUAUUAGCACAAGAACUAAAAUUACGUUUUCACAAAAAAAUUAAGAAAGCUUAAACUUUAAGCACUGCCUCAUUAUCGCUUUCACUUUACACGGACUACCAGGAGCUACAAACGAGUUGGAGUGGUAAAACAGUGUUAAAAAAAUACAUCAUUUGUGAAUACUAUUAUUCUUCCUAACGGAAUGGCUCCCCAUUUGAAGCUGUGUUUCAAGAUUUGUUUCUAUUCGAAAUGGGUGUCACAGUCAAUUUUGUCCGUCCAUCGGUUCGUCGGUUACAAAGUGUGAAGUGUUAAAAUCUCAUCGGUUUAUCCGCAAAUGGCGUUAUCAUCUUCCGUUGGUUCUAACUUGUCUGAAUACUAAAUUAAUUUGAUUAUCGUUUAAAACACAUAUCUUAAAAGUACAAAGGUUUCAAAAAUUCUGAACCGGUUCACAUGAACUAUCCGCUGAAUGUCUAUAAACUAUGUACCUAUUUCAUCUUCGUCAUCGAAAGAUUUAAAAAUUAAAGAAACAUACCACAAACCUAACUGGAAUAUUUGACAGAAAGUUUGAGUUCAGUAUAUCGCCGCCGCCGCCGUUUCAGAUGCAGAUUAAUCAACUUAUUCUUAAUAUUUAGUUCACUUACAUAAAAUGAAUUUGUUUAAAGUAUUUUUUGCAAAUUUUAAUUAAUUUUGGUAUAUAUUUAUUUAAGUUUCAUUAUUUCCUUCAUUUCGAUUCAACUAAUUUUUGUGAUUUAAGAUAAAUGUCGUUUCUUAUUUUAUCCUAUCAAUUUAAAAAGUUGGAAAUUAUAUUUAAGACUUGAACUCGCCUUUGAAUCUAAGAAAUUAUCAUCAAUCGAAAGCUCUACGAUUACAAUUAAAUUUUUAAAAUAAAAAAAAAUGUUAUUUGUUUAUAAACUGUCUGUUGUAAUGUUCUGUUAUACUAUUUUAAGCGUAACCCCUAUCUUCAAUGUCGUUUCAUUUUUGGCUAGAUAUACUAUUGUAUCAGAAUUUAUUGUUGAAACAAUAAAUAACUAUAUAACAAAUAAUCUAAAAAAUGCCAAAGAGCUAAAGUAUUAGAUAGUUUGCUAAACAAAAAAAUAAAUCAACGCUUAAGUAGAAUUUUUGUAUGAAACUAAAAACAACGGUUGUUAAAAUAAUAUAUUUAUAACUAUUAAAAAUCCUAGAAUAAGAAUUUACUUUUAACAUUCCAAUUUUGCAAAAUAUUCAUUAUUAAUUUUGCAAUAGUCAAUUAAACAAAUAACAUCCUACACAUAUUUUGAUCAGAAUUUAAUAAUCUAUUCCUUUGAAUGAAUUUAUACAUUUAUCCAUUUAUCAUUAGAAAAAACCGAUUUGAUCAGUUAAAAUUAGAAGUUUUAUUGCUUUAAGUUGUUGAGUCAACGAAACGUAAAUGUUUUAACUAAAAAAGUAUAUGGAAUAAUAAAUAUAAUGAGAUGAGUUACUUAAAAUGUGAAAUCUUUGUAAAAAUAAUAAAACUACGGAUGUAUUAUAAAUAAACAAAAAUUACUGUCUACCUGUUACCUUGCCCUGUAAAAUAAUUUUAGAUAUAUGUAUAAGAAAAUAUUCACAUAAUCAAUUUAAUUUCAAUUUAUUAUUUAUAUUAACUAUAAGAGGAUUACAUACACCUUUGUAGAUAAGAUAAUAUUUGCGGCCCAACGGUAAAGCUCACUAAUUAAUAGAAUACAAUGUUCAAGGAAAUUGGAUUAAAAUAAACUUUAAAGUCAAGAAGCGGGGCAUAUCUUUCAAAACGUAACUUUUUUUUUGCUUUCAGUGAGCUUUACCUAUGGAUCGACAAGCAGUUAAAUUUAAGCUUGAAUAAAAAUUGGAUUUAGUUAAUAUUUUGAAAAAAAAAUUGCUUCAUCAGCACAGGUUUUUAUUUUUAAAAUUUGCAAAAUAAAACGAACAAGACAAUUGAAACAAUAUUCAUUUUUCUAAUAUUAACGAAUGCAGAGGUAUUAAAAGCAUACAGACCGUGAAAUAAAACAU